AUGCUGCGGACAGCAGGGAAGGAGCUUGCCCUGACGCCGCUGCAGGACUGGGGCGAGGAGACUAAGGACGGCGCCGUGUAUAGCGUCUCCCUACGGCGGCAGCGCAGCCAGCGCCUGAGCCCGAGGGAAGGUCCUGGGGACAGCCAGGUCCCCAGCCCCAGUGCCGGCACCUUCCUUCACUACCGCACGAGCAAGGUGCGUGUGCUGAGGGCAGCGCACCUGGAGCGGCUGGUGUGGGAGCUGGUGUCUGUAGACCGUGCGCAGGACCCGAGCUUCGUGCCUGCCUUCCUGGCCACCCACCAGGCCUUUGUGCCCACUGGACGGGUCUUGGGCCUUCUCCUGCCACCACCACCGCCGCCCCUGCCGCUCUGGGUAGAGUUCAAGAGGACAGAGGGUCAAGAUCUGAGCAUCAACAAGAACCUGAGGGCUGUGGUGUCAGUGCUGGGCUCUUGGCUGCGGGACCACCCUCAGGACUUCUGGGACCCCCCUGCCCACGCAGACCUUGGCAGUGUCCGUACCUUUCUGGGCUGGGCCGCCCCAUUUGGGGUUGAGGCCCUGGAAGCGGAGAAGCUGUUGAGAGAUUUCCUGGAGGAGGCUGGGCAAGAGCAGGAGGAAGAGGAGAAGCCCCAAGCUUCUGCAGGACCUCCUGGAACUGCGCCGACUCUCAACCUGGACUCCCCUGAAGGCUGCUCAGAAGAGGAGGAAGGGUUGGUCCAAGAAGGCCCUGAGCUCCUGGACUUCAGUGUAGACAAGGUGGCUGAGCAGUUGACUCUGAUGGAUGUGGAGCUUUUCUCCCGGGUGCGGCCCUGGGAGUGCCUGGGCUCCGUGUGGUCGCAGCGGGAUCGACCAGGGGCCGCGGGCACCGCCCCCACUGUGCGCGCCACUGUGACCCAGUUCAACAUGGUGACCGGCUGCGUAUUGGGCUCGGUGCUCGGGGCGCCGGGCCUCGCCACCCCCCAGAGGGCCCAGCGGCUGGAAAAGUGGAUCCGCAUCGCCCAGCGCUGCAGGGAACUGCGGAACUUCUCCUCCCUGCGCGCUAUCCUGUCCGCCCUGCAGUCCAACCCCAUCUACCGGCUCAAGAGCUGCUGGGGCGCCGUGGGCAGGGAACCGUUAUCCACUUUCAGGAAACUUUCACAGAUUUUCUCCGAUGAGAACAACCACCUCAGCAGCAGAGAGAUUCUUUCUCAGGAGGAGGCCACUGAGGGACCCCCAGAGGAGGAUACUCCCCCAGGAAGCCUGCCUCCAAAAUUGCCCCCAGGUCCGGUCCCCUAUCUUGGCACCUUCCUCACGGACCUGGUCAUGCUGGACACAGCCCUGCCGGACAUACUAGAGGGGGAUCUCAUCAACUUUGAGAAGAGGAGGAAGGAGUGGGAGGUCCUGGCCCGGAUCCAGCAGCUACAGAAGCGCUGUCGGAGCUACCGCCUGAGCCCGUGCCCACCUGUCCUGGCUGCCCUGCGUGCCCAGCGCCAGCUCAGUGAGGAACAGAGCUACCGCGUCUCCCGUGUCAUUGAGCCACCAGCUGCCUCCUGUCCCAGCUCCCCGCGUGUGCGGCGACGAAUCAGCCUCCCCAAGCGUCUCAGUGCGAAGUUGUCCCGAGAGAGAGGCUCAUCCCCUGGUGGGAGUCCUGGGGACCCCUCAUCCCCUACCUCCAGGCUCUAUGUCUCUCCCAGUUUGUCCCCAGGGUCUCCCCCAUCCAGCCCCAGAAUGAGGGACCCUCCUCCUGGAAGUCCCCCAGCCUCUCCAGGGCCCCUGGGCCCCAGUACCAAGGUACCAGGACUGCCUGUGGAGCUGUGGGCACCCAGGGCUCUUGCGCUCCCACUGCUCAGCCCCCACCCCCUACUGCCUACAGAUCAGGGCUCGGAGGCCCGAGUCAUCCGAGUCAGCAUCGACAACAACCAUGGGAACCUGUAUCGGAGCAUCCUGCUCACGAGUCAGGACAAGGCCCCCAGUGUGGUGCAGAGAGCCUUGCAGAAACACAACGUGGCCCAGCCUUGGGCCCACGACUACCAGCUCUUCCAAGUCCUUCCUGGGGACAGGGAGCUCCUGAUUCCUGACAACGCCAACGUCUUCUAUGCCAUGAGUCCAGCCGCCUCUGGAGACUUCAUGCUGCGGCGGAAGGAGGAGGCCCGGCACACAACCUCCGUCUCCGCAACCUGAGUUGGCCCUCUCCUUCCUCCAGGACACAGGUCCCAUGGGUGGCUUCUAUCACCAUGGGGCAGGGAGGGCACUCCCAUUCCCCACUAGAGCCCACUGUGCUCCGUACCCUGUGGCCC